UGACCUGCGCAAGACAUGGAGAUCAAAAACUCACCGUCAAGCCUUACUUCCCCUGCUUCCUAUAACUGUAACCAGUCCAUCCUUCCCCUGGAGCAUGGCCCCAUCUAUAUCCCUUCCUCCUACGUAGAGAGCCGCCAUGAAUACUCAGCUAUGACAUUCUAUAGUCCUGCUGUGAUGAACUACACUGUUCCCGGCAGCACCAGUAACCUGGAUGGUGGGCCUGUUCGCCAGACUGCAAGCCCAAAUGUGCUAUGGCCAACUCCUGGACACCUCUCUCCUUUAGCCGCCCACUGUCAAUCAUCGCUUCUCUAUGCGGAACCUCAAAAGAGUCCUUGGUGUGAAGCAAGAUCACUAGAACACACCUUACCUGUAAACAGAGAGACACUGAAGAGGAGGCUCAGCGGGAGCAGUUGUGCCAGCCCUGGUACCAGUCCAAGCGCAAAGAGGGAUGCUCACUUCUGCGCCGUCUGCAGCGAUUACGCAUCUGGGUAUCAUUACGGUGUCUGGUCCUGCGAAGGAUGUAAGGCCUUUUUUAAAAGAAGCAUUCAAGGACAUAACGAUUAUAUCUGCCCAGCCACGAAUCAGUGUACCAUAGACAAGAACCGGCGUAAAAGCUGCCAGGCCUGCCGACUUCGCAAGUGUUACGAAGUAGGAAUGGUCAAGUGUGGAUCCAGGAGAGAAAGGUGUGGGUACCGUAUAGUGCGAAGACAGAGAAGUUCCAGUGAGCAGAUGCAUUGCCUGGGCAAACCCAAGAGGAGCAGUGGGCACGCACCCCGGGUGAAGGAGCUGCUGCUGAGCUCCCUGAGUCCGGAGCAGCUGGUGCUCACCCUCCUGGAAGCUGAGCCACCCAAUGUGUUAGUGAGCCGUCCCAGCAUGCCCUUCACCGAGGCCUCCAUGAUGAUGUCCCUCACUAAGCUGGCUGACAAGGAACUGGUGCACAUGAUUGGCUGGGCCAAGAAAAUUCCUGGCUUUGUGGAGCUCAGCCUGCUAGACCAAGUCCGGCUCUUGGAAAGUUGCUGGAUGGAGGUGCUAAUGGUGGGGCUGAUGUGGCGCUCGAUCGACCACCCUGGCAAGCUCAUCUUCGCUCCAGACCUCGUUCUGGACAGGUCCUCAGAAGACCCUCACUGGCACGUUGCGCAGAUGAAGAGUGCUGUCCCAAGGGAUGAGGGGAAGUGCGUAGAAGGGAUCCUGGAAAUCUUUGACAUGCUCCUGGCGACGACAUCAAGGUUUCGUGAGUUAAAACUCCAGCACAAAGAGUAUCUCUGCGUGAAGGCCAUGAUCCUCCUCAACUCCAGUUUGUACCCCUUGGCUACAGCAAGCCAGGAGGCAGAGAGUAGCCGGAAGCUGACACACCUGUUGAAUGCAGUGACAGAUGCCCUGGUCUGGGUGAUUGCAAAGAGUGGUAUCUCAUCCCAGCAGCAAUCAGUCCGUUUGGCCAACCUCCUGAUGCUUCUCUCUCACAUCAGGCACAUCAGUAACAAGGGCAUGGAACAUCUGCUCAGCAUGAAGUGCAAAAAUGUGGUUCCAGUGUAUGACCUGCUGCUGGAGAUGCUGAAUGCUCACACGCUUCGCGGGUACAAGUCGUCAGUCUCAGGGUCUGAGUGCAGCUCGCCAGAGGACAGUAAGAACAAAGAGGGCUCCCAGAACCUACAGUCUCAGUGA